AGUCCCGGGGGAAUGAGAGGAGAGGCAGGGAGAGGGCAGGAGCCUCCCUGAGCACCAGCUCUCCCUGAGCAUCUUCCACCAGGAAUCCCCAGGAGAGGAGCUGCCCUUCAGGACACCUUUGCCGAGCAUCCCUUAGCACAACAUAUGUUCCACCAACACACCCGGCUGCUUUCCCCUCCCAGGAAAGAGGAGAAGGAGGAAGAGGGAAGAGACAGGCAGCUCCAGAGCGCUCCAGGGAUUUUCCAUGUAAUCCAUCCCGGCCCUUUCCCCCAGGAGCCGCUGCCGGACCCUGCUCCGUGUGCGGCAUGUGAGCAUCACCUGCGGGGCAGCCGGCUGCUGCCCCUGCUCUGCUGCUAAUCCCCGCAAUCCCCCCGAGAGGCAGCGAGCGUGCGGCGAGAGGCAGAGCAACCCCAGCCCGAGCAGUCCGGCUAAAGCAAUUAGGAACUUCGCAUCCUGAUGGCAGAUCGCUCUGCUCUGAUGCCGUUCUGGAUGUCCCGGUGAGAACUCUUAGAGAUGCCUAUUCUCUCCAGAGGCAGUGACCAAGACUAUAGCAACAUCAGCUACAACUCCUGCAAUUCCUUGAGCCACUUCCUUCCCAUCUGCGUGGAAACCCCUUCUGUCAAGGGGGUCCAUUACCAGAGAGCCAGGAGGAUUUACCGCCCCGACCAAGCGCCUGCAGCCGAUCUGAAGACAGAGAUCAUGAUCAACGUUGGAGGCAUCAAGUACCUGCUGCCUUGGAGCACUUUGGACGAGUUUCCCCUGACCAGGCUGAGCAAACUAAAGCUUUGCAGCAGCUACGAAGAAAUCAUCCAGCUGUGUGACGAUUACGACGAAGACACCCACGAGUUCUUCUUUGACAGGAACCCCAACGCGUUUGGGAUGAUCGUCAGCUUCCUAGCAGCGGGGAAGCUGAUGCUCUUGAGGGACAUGUGUGCCUUGUCUUUCCAGGAGGAGCUGAGGUACUGGGGCAUUGAGGAAUCCAACCUGGAGAACUGCUGCUUUCGGAAACUGUUCCAGAAGCUGCAGGAGCUGGCCGAGAUCCGCAAAGAAGAGGAGCUCCGGAGGAGCAAGGAGGCUUCGUGUGUCUUGGAUGAGAAGACCAGAUUCGGGCAGUUCAUGAACAGGCUCAGAGAUAUGGUGGAAAAUCCCCAGUCAGGACUGCCGGGAAAAGUCUUUGCUUGUCUCUCCAUCCUCUUUGUGGCCACCACAGCUGUCAGCCUUUGUGUGAGCACAAUGCCAGACUUAAGAGCUGAAGAAGACAGGGGUGAGUGCUCCCAGAAGUGCUAUUACAUCUUUGUCAUCGAGACCAUCUGCGUGGCUUGGUUCUCCCUGGAGUUCUGCCUCCGUUUCAUCCAGGCCAGGAGCAAGUGUCAGUUCUUCAAAGGACCCCUGAACAUCAUUGACUUCUUGGCCAUCUCCCCUUACUACGCCUCCCUCAUCUUCUCGGAGGACGACUCCAGCGAGGAGGAGGACAGGCCGAGCAGCAACACGUACCUGGAGAAGGUGGGCUUGGUGCUGCGGGUUUUACGUGCCUUGAGGAUCCUGUACGUCAUGCGCCUUGCGCGGCACUCCCUGGGCCUGCAGACCCUGGGCCUCACCGUGCGCAAGUGCACGCGGGAAUUCGGGCUGCUGCUGCUCUUCCUCUGCGUGGCCGUCACCCUCUUCUCCCCGCUGGUGUACCUGGCCGAGAACGAGUCCGGCAGGGUGCUGGAAUUCACCAGCAUCCCCGCCUCGUACUGGUGGGCCAUCAUCUCCAUGACCACCGUGGGCUACGGGGACAUGGUGCCGCGGAGCGUGCCGGGACAGAUGGUGGCUCUCAGCAGCAUCCUCAGCGGGAUCCUCAUCAUGUCCUUCCCGGCAACCUCGAUAUUCCACACCUUCUCCCACUCCUACUCCCAGCUGCGCAAGGAACACGAGCGGCUGCAGUCGCGGCUGAGCCGAGCGAAGGACGCCAACCGCUCCGGGGAAAGCGACACCUUCAACGAGACGGACAGCCUGGUCCUGGAGGGGCAGGGCUCCCCCAUCAAAUACAUCUACACGGGGAACUGAGCCUGGUGUGUCCCAUGAAACACGUCUACACAGGGAACUGAGCCCGGCAUUCCCCUCAAACACAUCUACAUGGGGAACUGAGCCCGGCAUUCCCCUCAAACACAUCUACACGGGGAACUGAGCCUGGUGUGUCCCAUGAAACACGUCUACACAGGGAACUGAGCCCGGCAUUCCCCUCAAACACAUCUACAUGGGGAACUGAGCCCGGCAUUCCCCUCAAAUACAUCUACACGGGGAACUGAGCCUGGUGUGUCCCAUGAAACACGUCUACACGGGGAACUGAGCCUGGCAUUCCCCUCAAACACAUCUACAUGGGGAACUGGGCCUGGUGUGUCCCAUGAAACACAUCUACACAGGGAACUGAGCCUGGCAUUCCCAUCAAUUACAUCUACACAGGGAACUGGGCCUGGUGUGUCCCAUGAAACACGUCUACAUGGGGAACUGAGCCUGGCAUUCCCCUCAAACACAUCCACAUGGGGAACUGGGCCUGGUGUGUCCCAUGAAACUCGUCUACACAGGGAACUGAGCCUGGCAUUCCCCUCAAACACAUCUACAUGGGGAACUGGGCCUGGUGUGUCCCAUGAAACACGUCUACAUGGGGAACUGAGCCUGGCAUUCCCAUCAAUUACAUCUACAUGGGGAACUGGGCCUGGUGUGUCCCAUGAAACUCGUCUACACAGGGAACUGAGCCUGGAAUCCCCAUCAAAUACACUUACACAGGGAACUGGGCCUGGUGUGUCCCAUGAAACACAUCUACACAGGAAAUUGAGCCUGGAAUCCCCAUCAAAUACAUUUGCACAGGUAACUGAGCCUGGCAUUUCCAUCAAAUGAAUCUACACAGGGAACUGGGCCUGGUGUGUCCCCAUCAAACACGUCUACACAGGGAACUGAGCCUGGCCUGGGGCAUUCCCAAAAACGCUGACAGAAAUGUGCACGUGUGUGUCAGCAAAAAUACACAAAGCAAAGCAUCAUAAGUUACAGUGCUAUCCUCUCUCCUGACCUAGGUAUAAGCAGCAGCCAACCCAACAGAGCCAGCUCCAAAAAAUCCCAAUGGAGCUGGAGGCUGGGAGAAUGUAAAAAGGUCAGAGUUUAUUCAGUGAUAAAUGCUCAUUCUUCUCUACGGCUACUAAGAAUAAACUUUGUCUCUAGCAAUCAUGCAUCUUGCUGAACACCUGAUACUGAAUGAGUAACAAACAAACCAGCUCCUGUUGGCACAAACACACUUGUUAUUUCAUUUGCCUUUGAGUUUCAGGUGUUCUUGCAGUGAAUAUCCUGAGCCAGGCGUUAGGUCACAUUCUUUCAGGGCUGCACACACCAGCCUGGUUUUCCACAGCUCAUCCACCAGGCAUAGAGAUACAAAUCCGAAUUCUGUGUUUAAAGCCAGUAACAAGCUUAAAAUAAAACUGCUGUGUGCGACAGCUUUCAAAGUUUGCCUGUAGCCAGAUGAUCAAUCUGUACCUAACAAACUGCACUGCUUUGUAUAAAACACAUACUGCUUGCAAAAGCGUUUGCUUGAAAUGCAGUUGUGGUCUGCAGACUGUAAACGUAUCACACUAGACAGCGAAAGUCUUCAAAAGUCUUUUUCAUAUAAUUAUUUAAAAUAAAAAUGAGGAAUAAAAAAAGCCCAAGCUUAAUGACCAUAUC